AUGGCCUCUGGUGAUUCGACCCAAUCUAGGGUCACACCGUACUUGAUCUACCUGGUGCUCAUCACCACGUUAGGCCCCCUCCAAUUUGGCUAUCAUUUGGCCGAGCUCAAUGCCCCUCAAGCCGUCCUUACUUGCGAAAGAAAGAGCAUUCAUUCCUCCGCGGAGUCGUUAUCGCACAGCUUACCACGAUGCAUCCCCAUGAAUCCUUCCCAGUUUGGGCUAGUCUCAUCUAUCUAUACCCUGGGUGGAUUUCUGGGUGCCCUGCUGGCAGGGCCUGUUUCGACCAAACACGGUCGUCUAUUUGCCCUACGAGCGACGACGAUUUUCUUCAUCCUCGGCCCUAUAGCGGAAACGUUGGCAUCUAGUAUAUCUAUGCUGGGCUUUGGUAGAUUCCUAUCCGGUGUGGGAUCGGGUGCAGCUAUCGUCGUGGGACCAAUUUACGUGUCAGAGAUUGCUCCCCCAAGUGCUCGAGGAUUUUUCGGCGCCUUCACCCAGAUCAUGACCAAUGUUGGUAUUCUCUUGACUCAGUUAAUUGGCUAUUUCCUAAGCGAGGGAAGCAUGUGGAGGAUAAUACUGGCAAUUGCAGGCACCAUCGGGAUGCUGCAGCUCCUAGGGCUGUUCAUGGUCCCAGAGAGUCCCACUUGGCUUGCAGAGCACCAAAAGACGGACAUGGCUAGACAGGUUUUGCAGCGAAUACGCGGAAAGAACACUGAUAUUGAAGAAGAGAUUGAAGGAUGGAGAACCUUCAUGGACGCAUCUGGCUUAGGAGAGGAGCAAUCACUACUCACUUCCCCCUCCGCCAAUAUACCACCGAAGCAACCACCUGUCACAAUCGUGCGGGCUGCUUUGGACCCUAAAUACCGUCCAGCCAUUAUUGCUGUCGUUGGAGUGAUGGUAUCUCAGCAACUUACUGGUAUCAACAGUAUCAUCAUGUAUAGUGUGUCACUGUUGCAGACUAUCCUACCCACCACCGCAGCUUUGUUGACGGUAAGUGUCUCGGCAAUCAACCUCAUCAUAACCCUCGUUUGUUCCCCCUUGCCCGAUAGAAUCGGUCGACGAUCCUGCCUUCUUCUCAGCAUCAGUGGGAUGGGGGUUAACUCUAUGCUGUUAGCCUUGGGCAUCUACUUCAAUCAAAAGGUCUUGUCCGUGAUAGCAGUCCUGCUAUUUGUUUCUAGCUUCGCCAUUGGCCUUGGCCCGGUCCCAUUCAUCCUUGCCUCCGAACUAGUCGGCCCAGAGGCAGUCGGAGCUGCACAGAGCUGGGCGCUGGCGGCUAAUUGGACUGCGACAUUCGUCGUUGCCCAAUUCUUCCCGAUAUUAAACGACAUCUUGGGGGGUCGUGGCAAGAUCUAUUGGGUUUUCGCAGGUAUGGCCGCAAUCCUUGGGGGAUUCAUCUACGGGUGGGUACCGGAGACGCGAGGGAAAGCCAAUGUAAACGAAGUCUGGGGUAGGGAGGAUCAGCGCCGAAGGGACUAA